AUGACAGAACAGAUAUUUGCAAACAACUUUUGGGGACUCAAAGAUGAUGGAUUUCAGGUCCUCACAGCCAAAAUGAACAACAACAAAAAGACAUUUGAUGAGAUCAAGUCAUUCUACAAUGUGAGAGCGUCUCUUCAUGAAGAGUUUGGCCGCAAGCUCAUGAAGCACGCCAAAUCAAGCAUUGGCAAGGAGGAAACGGGGUACUUUAGUACUCUGCAUAGCUUGCUCGCUUCCGCUCAUCAAGAGAUGGAAUGGACGGCACAAGCUCAUCUCAAUCUUGCGCAAAAGAUAAAGAUCCGAUUGGAAGUCGAUUUGGACAACUUUAUCCUUGAGCAAAAAGACAAGCGCAAGUUGACCCACACCAAUGUGGAGAAAGCCCAUCGAUAUAAGCAAUCCAGCGAGCAGUAUUUGUCCAAAGCCAAAGAGAAAUACGAGUCUGAGUGCGCAAAAUUGAUCACCAUGCAGACACAGAUUGCCAGUGUAUCUGGUCGUGAAGCAGAGAGAAUGAAGCAGCGCAUGGAAAGAACACAGCAUGAAAUCAAGGUGCAAGAGCAAGAGUACAGAAAUGCUUGUAUCAAAGCAGCAGAUGCCACUGAUGGAUGGAACAAGGCCUGGAAGAUGGCCUGUGAUAUCUACCAAGGAAUGGAGAAAAAGAGGCUGGAGUUUUUGCACCAUAGUUUCUCCAUGUAUAUCAACGUUCUCUCCACGGCUUCCAGUCAAGAUCAAGAGUCGUACGAACGCUUUUGGAAAGCUCUGGAUCAAUAUGAUCCGAUGCAAGACAUUCAAGUGUUUAUACAAGAGAAAGGCACAGGGCCAAAGAUUCCAGAGCCAGAGAUAUUUGUGGAUUACAUGGAUGAUCCAGCAAAAACGUUCCAACAACAUACCAUUGCUGACUUUCCUGUGCCUGCUGAAUUUAUGGCAGAAACGUCUCCUGUGGAUAAACCCAAACCUGAAUUGACAGUGCGAAACCCAACGGUUGCUCUGCCUCCUCCUCCUCAAGAAGACACUGCUCCAUCGCAGUUACUCCAAAGAAGUAAAUCCAUUAUCGUGUCCACUCAAGAGAUAAGUGAGCCUCCAACACCUAGCAAAAGCACAACUGAACGACGCAAAUCCAUCAUUCGCAGUAUCAUCAAACCCCUGCCUUCUAUUUCGACACCAUUGAUGAUGAGAAAAGAGGCAGAGAAGCCAGUGAAGCAGCAGCAACAGCAGCAGCAAUAUCAGCAACAACCACCUUCACCGCCAGUGCUUGUAGUACCUGAAACGUCAUCUACCAGCACCACAGAUACAUCGGAAGACGAGAUAGAAAGUCCUAUCAAAAGAAACAAGGCAAGACAGGACGCAGAAGACGGUGAUAUCAAUAUUGAUCCUCGCGCCAAGGUGGUGUUUGCUAUUGGCAACAAUAUGUUUGACUUGGGUCAUUUGGAUUUGGAGGAUAACCUGGAUGUGGCCAAUGCAAACGGAAAGAAAGCCAGUGGUGGUAGAGAUUUGAAUAUAGCAUCCCGCCGCUUAACAACGCGUAGACGCCAGCCAUCAGCCGAUUUGGAAGCAGCAUGUAACUUUUCGUAUCAAAGUUUGUUGGAAGAACUAGGUGUAUUCGAAAAUAACAAGGCAGCGAGCAAAGAAGACGCUUCUUCUCAGGCAAAAAAAAGUGUAAUAGAUGCAACGGAGGGAGGGCUACCAGCGGUGAAUUUGCAUAGUAGAAGAUCUCAGCGAAAUAGCAGAAGAAUAUCAUCACAACAACAGCAACACCGCAAUCAUCAACAACGUCAACAACCCGUGCUCACCAUGGAUAACCUGUCUUACCAUACAUCCAGCAGUACAAGUCCUGUAAACGCUGUACCUCAACAAGACAUGUACCAUGCAAAUAACAAUUACAUUACGCAAUCCAGACAGCAGCAACCUCACUAUCAUCCAAUGCCACACCAGCAGCAACCUCAGCAUCAACCACUACCACCUCAGCAACAACAAUAUUACCCUCAAUACCCUACAUCAAACCCUUCAUCCACACAUGCAAUGCCUAUUACCCAUGGCUACCACCCUGCCACUGCUGCCACUGCCGGCAAUGAAUAUUAUCAUCCACCUACCAACGUUGUUCAGGGAGUGCAACCAACCUUGUUUUGGGCUUUAGCAAUAGCAGACUGGUACAGUGGUAAAUCAGAAGAGCUACAGUUUUCUAGAGGUACUUGGCUAGCUGUGACAGAGGCCAGCACAGAUGGAUGGUAUUAUGCUGUCAAAUUUGAUGCAAGAAUGAAUUCCUUGACAAAUGAAAAGGGCUAUGUGGCUCAACAUGUCGUGCAGGUGUACAAUUAA